AUGUCAAGUCGUCAACCAGACGUUUCUUGGUAUGAAAAUUGUUUGAUAAGUUCGGUACGGUUUCCAAAAAGUUUCGUUACCGAAGCACUUGCAUUGCAGACUUCUCUAAGGUGUGUAAGGAUAAAUAGAAGCUCUCGUUCACCUCGUAUAAGACCAGAAAGCUUUGUAAGAAAAGUUAGCGAAAUACGACAUCAUUAUCGAAGGGAUUGGAAUAAAUUCAAAAAAGUAGAGUCGAUUUUAGAAAAGAUUAAUCACGAAUAA